AAUGUUAUUUGAAGCUUUGUAGGAAGCGCACACCGCGGAAUAAUAUCGAUCGAUAUUUUUACUCGCAACCCCUAUAAGUUGCUCGUAGUCGAAUGGAAUUUGUAUAGUUGACAGCUGUUUAUGCUGUACAACAGGGGUUGAUUGGGCUGCAUUGGAUAUCUAUGAACGCGCAUGUCUUAAGAUAAUUUCCAAUCGCUUAUAAAAAUUCCUAACGGAUUUUCGCGCCAAUAUUUUGAAAAGUUAAGAAAAGUUUUCGCAAAAAUAAGUCAACCAACAAUAAACAAAUUGGUGCAAAGGAAAAAUCAUAAAAGUGAAGAAAGCUGUGGAAAAAAUCAAUAGUUUUGUUUGACAACCCAAACAUUCCUAACAACCACUUCUCAUUUCGCAAGGAUUACAAGAAUGGCUUCCGAAACGAGUCAAGCACAAGUUAAGAAAACGACAGCGACCACAACAGCGGCCUCACGAAAAAAGUCUGGACCCAAAUUCGAAUUGACAGAUGAGCAGAAAAAUGACAUUAAAGAAGCUUUCGAUUUAUUUGAUACAAGUGGAACUGGUGUCAUUGAUAUCAAAGAGCUUAAAGUAGCAAUUCGAGCUUUAGGAUUUGAGCCAAAGAAAGAAGAGAUCAAGAAAAUGAUUGCAGAUAUUGAUAAGGAUGGAAGUGGAAAAUUAUCUUAUGCAGACUUUUUGACUUUGAUGACCAUGAAAAUGGCCGAAAAGGACACAAAAGAAGAAAUUCUUAAAGCGUUUCGUUUGUUUGAUGAUGAUGAGACGGGAACAAUUUCAUUCAAAAACCUUAAGCGCGUUGCCAAGGAGCUUGGUGAAAACUUGACUGAUGAAGAGCUUCAGGAGAUGAUUGAUGAAGCAGAUCGCGAUGGAGAUGGUGAAGUUAACAAAGAAGAAUUCCUACGUAUCAUGCAGAAGACUCAGCUUUAUUAAAUAAGCUAAGCAUGUGCUCAACUGCACCAAUUGCCAUUUAUCGGUCUAUGAUCUCAUAAAGAAUUUAAUUUUUUAGAAUUUUUGUGUCUCUCAAACUUCAGCUAAACCGUAAAGACAGAAUUUGCCGGGAAAUUGCUAUAUUUUUCUCUAAAUACAAAAUUAUCGACAAUUAUUGUACCUAAAAUGUAUUUUCUAAUCAAAUCUUACCAUUUAACUGAAAUCAGAUAAAAAUAUGAAACUUGAAUGUUGUUUCUUCAUCUCCUUGACAUUUCUUACUUGAUUUUACAGGUCACGUAAAUAUUUAUCAUGAAAACAUUUCAAUUAAUUUCAAG